AUCAAGAAUCUAUCCUCACACAAAACAACCCAACUCCUAGGCCUAAUUGCUUAGUGUCUACUUACCCUCCCUUUGGCCAUUCUUUUUACAUACUAUAUUCAUUCUUGAAUCAUGGCUCCACCGCCUUCCACCUCUCUAGUCUUUAAGGUUCACAGGCAUGAACCUGAACUGGUCACUCCAGCUAAACCCACCCCACAUGAGUUCAAGCCGUUAUCCGACAUCGAUGACCAAGAGGGUCUCAGAUUCCACAUUCCGGUGAUACAGUUUUACCGGUGUGAUCCUUCCAUGAAAGGAAAAGACCCUGCAAAGGUCAUUAGAGAAGCACUUGCUGAAACACUUGUGUUUUAUUAUCCGUUUGCUGGUAGGCUUAGAGAAGGGCCUGACCGUAAGCUUAUGGUGGAAUGUACUGGUGAAGGUGUGUUGUUUAUUGAAGCUGAUGCUGAUGUUUCACUGCAGCAAUUUGGUGAUGCUCUUCAACCUCCAUUUCCUUGCUUGGAAGACCUACUUUUUGAUGUUCCUGGUUCUACUGCUGUGCUAAACUCCCCUUUGUUGCUUAUUCAGGUGACACGCCUCAAUUGUGGUGGCUUUAUUUUCGCCCUCCGACUCAACCACACAAUAAGCGAUGCGCCCGGCCUAGUUCAAUUCAUGUCAGCCGUAGGAGAGAUGGGGCGCGGUGCACAUGCACCCUCUGUUCUUCCUGUGUGGGAAAGACAAGUGCUAAACGCGCGAAACCCACCGCGAGUAACCUGCGAACACCGGGAGUACGAUGAGGUGGCCGACACCAAAGGCACGAUAAUUCCGCUGGAUGACAUGGUACACCAAUCAUUCUUCUUUGGACCCACUGAAAUCUCAGCUCUUCGGAGUCUGGUUCCACCUCAUCUGCGUCAAUCUUCUACUUUCGAAAUUUUAACGGCGUGUCUGUGGAAGUGUCGCACAAUGGCACUUCGACCGGACCCAAAGGAAGAAAUGCGUAUAAUUUGCAUUGUGAAUGCACGUAAUAAGUUUAAUCCGCCUUUACCAAAAGGUUACUACGGGAAUGGGUUUGUGUUUCCAGUGGCGGUUGCCACCGCGAGAGAAUUAUCUCGAAACCCGCUGAGUUUUGCGUUGGAACUGAUAAGAAAGGUUAAAGAAAGUGUGAGUGAAGAGUAUGUGAGAUCAGUGGCUGAUCUAAUGGUGAUUAAGGGUAGGCCUCAUUUUACGGUGGUGAGGAGUUACCUAGUGUCGGAUGUGACGCGUGCAGGGUUCGGGGAGGUGGAUUUUGGUUGGGGUCAAGCUGCUUAUGGUGGACCAGCUAAAGGUGGGGUAGGAGCCAUUCCUGGAGUUGCGAGCUUCUACAUACCAUUCAAGAACAUGAAAGGAGAGAAUGGAAUUGUGGUGCCAGUUUGCUUGCCUGCACAAGCAAUGGGCGUAUUUGUAAAGGAGCUCAGUGGUAUGUUACAGCAGCAGCAGCCAAUUAGCAGUGCUAAAAAGUCUUUAUUUAUAACUUCUGCAUUGUAAUGUGGUGGAGUAGUAAUGUUGCUUUCUUUGAAGAGUGUGAUCAUAUGUUGUGAGGUAAGUGUAUGUGAACAUGAUUUCUGUAAGGAAAAAUAAAUAAAUAAGAUAAUCAGUUUUGCAUUUUAAAGUAA